CUCAACGCCCCCAGCAGUAGCAACGGUGAGUCCGUCAGCAGCAGGCAGCGGAGCGGAGCGUCCAUCUCCAGUUUUCUCUAAUACGACACCUCCAGCCUCGACAUACCGCCCCCAAUUUCAGCCUCGGUACGGAGCCGCCAGGCCGGGACAGAGACGGAGAGAGAGGCCUCGGCCAUGGAAGCGCUCGGACCAGGCCCGCCCGCCCCCACCUCUCUCUUCCAGCCUCCGCGGCGUCCCGGCCUCGGCACGGUGGGGAAACCCAUCCGGCUCCUGGCCAACCACUUCCAGGUGCAGAUCCCCAAGAUUGACGUCUACCACUACGACAUCGAGAUCAAGCCGGAGAAACGUCCUCGAAGGGUCAACAGGGAGGUGGUGGACACCAUGGUGCGGCACUUCAAGAUGCAGAUCUUUGGGGACCGGCAGCCGGGCUACGACGGGAAGAGGAACAUGUACACGGCACACCCGCUGCCCAUCGGGAGGGACCGGGUGGAUCUGGAGGUGACGCUGCCAGGCGAGGGGAAGGACCAGACCUUCAAGGUGUCCCUGCAGUGGGUGUCUGUGGUCAGCCUCCAGAUGCUGCUGGAAGCUCUGUCAGGUCACCUGAACGAGGUUCCUGAGGACUCUGUGCAGGCCCUGGACGUCAUCACCCGCCACCUGCCCUCCAUGAGGUACACGCCCGUGGGCCGCUCCUUCUUCUCCCCUCCGGAGGGCUACUACCAUCCUCUGGGCGGAGGCAGGGAGGUGUGGUUCGGCUUCCACCAGUCCGUCCGUCCUGCCAUGUGGAACAUGAUGCUCAACAUCGACGUCUCGGCCACGGCCUUCUACCGCGCCCAGCCUGUCAUCGAGUUCAUGUGCGAGGUGCUGGACAUCCAGAACAUCAACGAGCAGACCAAACCCCUGACCGACUCCCAGAGGGUCAAGUUCACCAAGGAGAUCAGAGGUCUGAAGGUGGAGGUGACGCACUGCGGCCAGAUGAAGAGGAAGUACCGCGUGUGCAACGUGACGCGCCGACCCGCCAGCCACCAAACGUUCCCCCUGCAGCUGGAGAACGGCCAGGCCAUGGAGUGCACGGUGGCCCAGUACUUCAAGCAGAAGUACAGCCUGCAGCUCAAGUACCCUCACCUGCCCUGCCUGCAGGUGGGCCAGGAGCAGAAGCACACCUACCUUCCUCUGGAGGUGUGCAACAUCGUGGCGGGUCAGCGCUGCAUCAAGAAGCUCACGGACAACCAGACGUCCACCAUGAUCAAAGCCACGGCGCGCUCCGCCCCCGACCGGCAGGAGGAGAUCAGCCGCCUGGUCAAAAGCAACAGCAUGGUCGGGGGCCCGGACCCCUACCUGAAGGAGUUCGGCAUCGUGGUGCACAACGACAUGACGGAGGUGACGGGGCGUGUCCUCCCAGCGCCCAUGCUGCAGUAUGGGGGCCGGGUGAGUACAGACACAGGGCGGGACUGUGGCAGGGGACUCUCUCCGCAGAACAAGACGGUGGCCACGCCCAACCAGGGCGUGUGGGACAUGAGGGGGAAGCAGUUCUACGCCGGCAUAGAGAUCAAGGUGUGGGCCGUGGCCUGCUUCGCCCCGCAGAAGCAGUGCCGGGAGGACCUGCUCAAGAGCUUCACCGACCAGCUGAGGAAGAUCUCUAAGGACGCUGGCAUGCCCAUCCAGGGCCAGCCGUGCUUCUGUAAAUACGCGCAGGGCGCCGACAGCGUGGAGCCCAUGUUCAAACACCUGAAGAUGUCCUACGUGGGUCUGCAGCUGAUCGUGGUCAUCCUGCCUGGGAAGACGCCCGUCUACGCGGAGGUGAAGCGGGUCGGGGACACGCUGCUGGGCAUGGCCACCCAGUGCGUCCAGGUGAAGAACGUGGUGAAGACGUCUCCUCAGACGCUGUCCAACCUCUGCCUGAAGAUCAACGCCAAGCUGGGAGGCAUCAACAACGUCCUGGUUCCCCAUCAGAGGCCCUCCGUGUUCCAGCAGCCCGUCAUCUUCCUCGGCGCCGACGUCACGCACCCUCCGGCGGGCGACGGGAAGAAGCCGUCCAUCGCAGCGGUGGUGGGGAGCAUGGACGGCCACCCCAGCAGAUACUGCGCCACCGUCCGGGUCCAGACGUCCCGGCAGGACACGUCCCAGGAGCAGCUCUUCAGCCAGGAGGUCAUCCAGGAUCUGACCAACAUGGUGCGGGAGCUGCUGAUCCAGUUCUACAAGUCGACCCGCUUCAAGCCCACGCGGAUCAUCUAUUACCGCGGCGGCGUGUCCGAGGGCCAGAUGAAGCAGGUGGCGUGGCCGGAGCUGAUCGCCAUCAGGAAGGCCUGCAUCAGCCUGGAGGAGGACUACAGGCCCGGCAUCACCUACAUCGUGGUCCAGAAGCGCCACCACACCCGCCUCUUCUGCUCCGACAAGGCGGAGAGGGUGGGGAAGAGCGGCAACGUCCCGGCCGGCACCACGGUGGACAGCACCAUCACGCACCCGUCCGAGUUCGACUUCUACCUGUGCAGCCACGCUGGGAUUCAGGGAACCAGCCGGCCGUCCCACUACCACGUCCUGUGGGACGAUAACUGCUUCACGGCGGACGAGCUGCAGCUGCUCACCUACCAGCUGUGCCACACCUACGUGCGCUGCACCCGCUCCGUCUCCAUCCCCGCGCCGGCCUACUACGCCCGGCUGGUGGCCUUCCGCGCGCGCUACCACCUGGUGGACAAGGACCACGACAGCGCCGAAGGCAGCCACGUGUCGGGUCAGAGCAACGGCCGGGACCCCCAGGCGCUGGCCAAGGCCGUCCAGAUCCACUAUGACACCCAGCACACCAUGUACUUUGCCUGAGCGGCGCCUCCUGGGGACCUUCUCUCUCUUUCUCUCAUCUCUGUCCUUCUUCUUCAUCAUCUUGAUUUUCCGACUCGGCACCAAAGCGGCUCGGACCAGAACCCGCAGCGGGUUCCCGGGACGCCUUCCAGCCGGCGCUCCCGCCGGGCCGCCUUUUCUCAACCAGCAAUCUGGCACUGCGGGCCUGCAGGGCCCCCAUGCACAAGCGAAAAAACAAAAACAAACCCCACACACACAAACGACAAGUCGAGCCAUUGCUUUGAGUUUGUUUUUGUUUUUUCCUCUAUGAAUGUCUGCACUCGUGUGUUUGUAAGAACCUGGGAGCGGCGGAGCGCGGCGGCGGCGGUGGAGCGCGGCGCCGCCUCCGCCGCUCCCCAGCUAAGCAGGACUCUGAUCUACUUUACCUCAAAGCCCCGCGGGGCCACAUCUGUCACAAGGUCUGGGGUUUGUUGGGUGGUGGGAGGGAGGCGGAGGGGCUCGACCUUUUCAGAAUGAAAUAUUAUAUAUAUUAUAUUUUUCCUUUUUAUGAGUGUGUGUUGAACCUUGUUCUCCUUCUCGGUCUCUUAAAGCGAGGUGACGUGUCCAGCUCCCCUCAUCUGUGCGUGUGCUGCUGCUGUGUGCGUGUUUGAUGGCAGACCACUGAACUGUAAAGGGAAAGGAGGACAGAACUGCUGUAAAUGCCUCAGAUGACUUGUUUUAUACUCACAGCUACAGGACAUAUAAGCAUAUAUUUACACCUGCAGAGCGGCGCCUCCCGGAGGCGGCGCAGGGUAUCUGUAGGGCCUCGCUCGGCUCUGGUGUGUAGCAGGGGGGGCGUGCAGUCGGACCUGAAGGUGGCGCUGCAGGACUGGCUUCAGGCCUGGUUUAUUGCACUGACCCCGGGGCGCGCGGCGAACCGAGGGCACUCUAUCAGUCUCUUUAUGCAUUUCUACACUCAACAAAGCAGAUUUGUAAAAGUUUAAUAUAAAGCAUCUGGUGGUUAUCUUAAAGCUGUUGUUUAGAGCGCGUAGUUUACCCUCGAUGUCGUUGUUGUUGUUUCUUGUUGUCGAUGUUACUGUUGUGAUGAUGUUUUCCCGGCUGGCGCCAGACGGCUCGCCGCGGUUUUAAUCUUUUAUUUGUAGCAUUCUGGUUAACGGUGAGGAGGAGGAGGACGGAUUCAUGCUUCCUCUCAUGUGAUUGGCUCAGUGUAGCAGCUUCCGAUCGGAUCGAUGGAGACAAUCAGGACCGGAGGGACGGAUUUUAAACCUUUUUACUGUUUGUAUUGAAGUAAACCGUCAUAAAGUCUGUUUUAACAGUGUUUGCUUCAUCAGUUUUAUUUUAAAACACUGGACUACAUGAGCACUGCAUUAAUGCCAGUGGAGCCCCCUGGUGGUGGGAGUGGAGCAGAGGGGUCGGUGUGCACGCCUCAUCCAGGUGGGGGCGCUCGGUGGAAACGCUUUUGUAAUAAACCGCCCGUAAAGCUGCAGGUUUACUAUGAAUGAGUUUGAGCACCUUCCUGUUGGCGGCGUGCACGCUGGCGGCUAACGGGCAGCGGCGGCGGGGGGGCGGGGCUAGCCUCACGGAUUGGCGGAUCGCUCGCAGAGCAAUAUGAACCUCGAUCAAACGAAGCGAUGAUGAGUGUCCUGGUGGCGUGCGGCGGUUUCCUGUGCUCUGAUCUUUGGCGCUUUGGGUUUUCUUUGCUCGUAUCAAUCAGUGGGGAUGUGCAUUUGGUGGAGUAGUUGUGUAGCUUUAGGCCGUUUCCUUUAACGCGUAGAUUUGCUCGCCUGCAUGCUGGAGUAUCGUCCUUUUCAGAACUAUUAAAACCUUUUGAAUCAUAUUUAUUAUAAGAAAAGAUCUAAAGUUUAUCAGUUUAGUGGGACUGUUUCUAGUCUAGCAAUAUCUGUCCCGUCUCGGCUCCUCUGUGGGGGGGAGGCGCGAUUCUUUGCGACGUGUUCAGAUCCAAACGAGGUACUUUGAUCAAACGUGGACCCGUUAAAGAGCCGAGCCUCCCCUCUGUGCCGGGUCGCAGGAGAACAGGACCGCUGCCCUGGGCUCUCAGCCUGUGGCCACGCCUCCUGUUCAAUGGUGCGGUCCAGCGGCACCGACGGCAGCGGGGCCGGUUUUUAACCUUUUUAAAGAAGUUCCCUGAUUGUUUGUGGCCCGUUUUAACAGGAGAGCAUGAAUUAUUUUGAAUUCCUCUCACUUUGAUAUCUGUUUAUAUCUCGAUGGAUUUGUAAUUUUGUGUAUCGUGCAUUUCAUUUUGUUUUUACCUCUUUGGUUCCUGCUUGGGGGGGAUUUGUUAAAGUUCUGAGUGAAGGGUUGCCACGUCAGAGCGGUGCGGUUCUGUUUGGUUAGGAGAGCAGAAGGCCAUUCACUUAUUAUAAUUAUUAUUAUAAUUAAUAUUAUGUGACAUGUUAUUUUUUUUAGCCUGCAGGGAAAUCUUGUGUUUAUGUGCAAAGUAAUAAAUUGGUAUUUUAAGCCCUUGAA